CGUUCGUUAUGCUCAGUCGCGAUAGCAGCGUUGCUAGUAGUGUAUCUCGUGAACGGAACGGUGGUGAUUUGUGACAGCGAGUGUAUGUGCGAUGCUCGGACGGUGAUCGAAGCAUGGUGAAUUACGUUAAUCCCCUCGCCAUGUACCAAGGCAAGGGCGGGCAAUACGGCGGCGGGUGGUACGGCUGGCAGCAUCAGAACUUUGAAGAACAACAAUGGUGUGCUUGGAACGGUGCGCCGGCGGGUGGCGAGUGGGCGCCAGAUCCACAUCAUUUUCCCAAAAGAGAACCUGGAGAAAGAGAAAUAGCAGACAUGCCAUCACCGGCACGAGGAGACCUGGCAAGUCCAGCGGAAGGUUCGCCGAGCUCGGGGUCGAGGCCGUCGCAGCCGCCAGCACCGCCGCGUUCCCCAUACGAAUGGAUGAAAAAACCCAACUACCAGACACAACCUAACCCAGUAGGUAAAACGCGCACAAAAGACAAAUACAGGGUGGUGUACAGUGAUCACCAGAGGCUGGAGUUAGAGAAGGAGUUCCACUACAGCAGGUACAUCACUAUUCGUCGCAAGGCAGAACUCGCCGUCAGCCUUGGCCUUUCCGAACGACAGGUCAAAAUUUGGUUUCAAAACAGACGAGCCAAGGAAAGGAAACAAGUGAAGAAACGCGAAGAAGUGGUGAUGAAAGAGAAAGGCGACCAUGCAUCUCUACAGCACGCGCAGCUGCACCAUGCCACCAUGCUGCAUCACCAGCAGAUGAUGAACGGCAUGAUGCACCACCACCACUACCACCAAGGCGUGUUGCAGGGCGUGCCGGAGCCGCUGGUGCCGGGCGUGCCGCCCGUGCCGCUGCUGUGACCGCAACACCGCGACUACUGUCACCACAGUGAUUCAUUCGCGUAGCGACUCACGCAAAACCAGUGAUUAUUGAAUUUAAAGGCUUAUACGGACAUUAUAGUAUAAUUGCGAUAUGACCUUAUUAUGUGUGAUUUUAGUGCAAUCUCGUGGGAAUACGCGUGUCGAUAUAACAUCAUCAUAAAUUAAAACUUAUAUUUAAAUACUCUUAGGCGCUACUUCGGUAGUUACCUAACAACUGUCAGUAAGCGUUGGCACUUAUAAAGUUCUGCUACUAAGGCUCUUUCAUUAAUGAGAAACAGAUUACUAAAUCUCCACCAAUUUUUAUAACCGUUAAUGAAAAUAGUCGUUUUAUCAGAACAGCUCUAUUUAGCCCUUAUUUUAGUGCUAAAAUUAAAUAAUGUUCUAAGUGUUCAUGCCUGAUAGCUAUUGUGCCACUUUCGGAGGAAAGUGCGACUAAUUUUAAUAUUAUGAAUUUUGUCCUUUGACUGUAUAUAUAGAUUACUAUAUUUUUAUAUAAUUAAUAUAACAAUUAAGUAAGUAUUAACUUUUAUUUUGAAGUGGUAAAUUGAUUUCUCAGUGCUAUAAAAGCCUAUUGUAUCCGUUUAUAUAGCUACAAAUCAUUAUUUUAUUCCAUACAGGUUUUAUAAAUCAAUUUUUCUGCUUAAUAUCUACGUAGUUCUUCCAUGUUAUUCUGUAAUUUAAUCAUACACUAUAAGAAUCUCAUACGUAAGUGCGCAAAGUUUCCAAAUUAAUUAAUAAAAUACGUAAUAUUGUAUCUUUUAUAGCAUUGAGAAUAAGGUGCGAUAAUUUUUUUACGUUGAAUGAGAUUAUUCCUAGUUAUAAUUGUUUUGUAAAUAAUACAUUAAAUCUUAGAUUAAAUUAUUGCUAUGCCAGUAUAUGUAGCAUUAACACGGGACAAAACACUCAAUACACGAACUAAUUGACUACAUUGUAUAAUUUGGGUAGGUACGAGUGGAUCGAGGAGGGAUAUAAAGGAUUUUUACAGUUAAUUAGAUUACGAUUGAGUUGUUAACGAUGUUUACAAUAUAUUAUUUAUUGAUUCGCAGUCCACGGAAGAAUUGUUUAUCGUUUUGUUUUGUGAUGCCGACCGUGUACAUUGUGGUGCUAACAAUAAUCGAAUAAUACGAUUAAUAUUAUCUUUCCACUUUAUAAAGGAGGAGUCGACUUCAAAUGAUGUUUUGGUAAUUGUUGUAUGUAGGAUGUUGUGUUGAUGUUUUGGAAGUCGUUUGUAACACUUGAACUGUUAGAUUAUUUGCAGCACUAUCACGAAACACAUUUGAUAAACUAAAUAAAUCCAUGUUAAUCGAAUA